UCAUUUCCCUAUAGAAUUAUUUUGUUUUAUAUUUCCCAAUAAAUUAUACUUUAAAAUUUAGCCAUCUGCAUUAGAGGAAGUUCAUCCAGCUGCUCUGUGUUAAUACAUUUUGAAUUGAUUUUUUAAGGGAAGAUAAUUUAAUAAAUGAAACUUUUGAUUCUUAAAAUAAUUUUAACACAGGUUUUUUUUUCUCUUUCAGUAAUAUUGUUGGAUUCUAAAGCACAACAGACAGAGUUGGAAUGGAUUUCUUCUCCUCCUAAUGGGUGGGAAGAAAUUAGUGGGCUGGAUGAAAACUACACGCCUAUACGAACGUACCAGGUAUGCCAAGUCAUGGAACCUAACCAAAAUAACUGGCUUCGGACUAACUGGAUCGCAAAAGGCAAUGCACAAAGGAUUUUUGUAGAACUAAAAUUUACUCUGAGGGAUUGCAAUAGCCUUCCUGGAGUCCUGGGAACAUGUAAAGAAACUUUCAACUUGCAUUAUUACGAAACAGACUAUGACACUGGCAGGAGUAUCAGAGAAAACCUGUAUGUAAAAAUAGAUACUAUUGCAGCUGAUGAAAGCUUUACCCAAGGUGACCUUGGGGAGAGAAAGAUGAAACUUAACACAGAGGUGAGAGAGAUUGGACCUCUGUCCAAAAAAGGAUUCUACCUGGCAUUUCAGGAUGUGGGUGCCUGCAUUGCUUUGGUUUCUGUCAAAGUAUACUACAAGAAGUGCUGGUCCAUUAUUGAGAACUUAGCUAUUUUUCCAGAUACAGUGACUGGGUCAGAGUUCUCCUCCUUAGUUGAGGUACGAGGAACCUGUGUCAGCAGCGCAGAAGAAGAGGCUGAGAACUCUCCUAGAAUGCAUUGUAGUGCAGAGGGAGAAUGGUUAGUACCUAUUGGAAAGUGUAUCUGCAAAGCUGGUUUCCAGCAAAAAGGGGACACGUGUGAACCCUGUGGCCGUGGAUUCUACAAGUCAUCUUCGCAAGAUCUGCAGUGCUCCCGCUGUCCUAUGCACAGUUUCUCAGACAGGGAAGGAUCUUCACGAUGCGAUUGUGAGGACAGCUAUUACAGGGCACCUACUGAUCCACCAUAUGUUGCAUGCACAAGACCUCCAUCUGCACCACAGAACCUUAUUUUCAAUAUUAACCAAACUACUGUGAGUUUGGAAUGGGGCCCUCCUGCUGAUAACGGAGGAAGAAACGACGUGACCUACAGGGUAUUGUGCAAGAGGUGCAGCUGGGAGCAGGGGGAAUGUGUUCCCUGUGGGAGUAAUGUUGGAUAUAUGCCCCAGCAAACUGGAUUAGCAGACAACUAUGUCACCGUCUUGGACCUGUUAGCUCAUGCCAACUACACUUUUGAAGUUGAAGCUGUAAAUGGCGUUUCUGAUUUAAGCCGCUCCCAGAGGCUUUUCGCAGCUGUUACGGUUACCACUGGUCAAGCAGCUCCCUCGCAAGUUAGCGGCGUAAUGAAAGAGAAAGUGUUGCAAAGAAGUGUGGAGCUCUCCUGGCAAGAACCUGAGCAUCCCAACGGAGUCAUCACAGAAUAUGAAAUCAAGUAUUACGAGAAAGACCAAAGGGAGAGAACUUACUCAACAGUGAAAACCAGAGCCACCUCUGUAUCAGUGAAUAAUCUGAAACCAGGAACAGUUUAUGUAUUCCAGAUUCGUGCGUUUACUGCUGCUGGCUAUGGAAAUUAUAGCCCUAGGCUAGAUGUUGCUACACUAGAAGAAGCCACAGCAACUGCUGUCUCCAGUGAACAGAAUCCUGUAAUAAUCAUAGCUGUGGUAGCUGUGGCAGGCACUAUCAUUCUGGUCUUCAUGGUUUUCGGCUUCAUCAUUGGACGAAGGCACUGUGGCUAUAGCAAAGCUGAUCAAGAAGGAGAUGAAGAACUUUACUUUCAUUUUAAAUUUCCAGGCACCAAAACCUACAUUGACCCUGAAACCUACGAGGAUCCAAAUAGGGCUGUCCAUCAAUUCGCCAAGGAGUUAGAUGCCUCCUGUAUUAAAAUAGAACGUGUGAUCGGUGCAGGAGAGUUUGGAGAAGUAUGCAGUGGGCGCCUAAAGCUUCCAGGCAAGAGAGAUGUUGCCGUGGCCAUUAAAACCUUAAAAGUAGGCUACACUGAAAAGCAAAGAAGGGAUUUUCUUUGUGAGGCAAGCAUCAUGGGACAGUUUGAUCACCCCAACGUUGUUCAUUUAGAAGGGGUGGUUACCAGAGGGAAACCAGUCAUGAUUGUAAUAGAAUACAUGGAGAAUGGAGCUCUGGAUGCAUUUCUCAGGAAACAUGAUGGGCAAUUUACAGUAAUUCAGCUGGUGGGGAUGUUGAGAGGAAUUGCUGCUGGAAUGAGAUACUUGGCUGAUAUGGGAUACGUGCACAGGGACUUAGCAGCACGCAACAUUCUGGUCAACAGCAAUCUUGUCUGCAAAGUGUCAGACUUUGGCCUCUCCAGAGUUAUAGAAGACGACCCAGAAGCUGUCUACACUACAACAGGUGGGAAAAUACCAGUAAGAUGGACAGCUCCUGAGGCCAUACAGUAUCGCAAGUUUACAUCAGCAAGUGACGUAUGGAGUUAUGGAAUAGUAAUGUGGGAAGUCAUGUCUUAUGGAGAGAGGCCAUACUGGGAUAUGUCAAAUCAAGAUGUUAUAAAAGCAAUUGAAGAAGGCUAUCGCUUGCCAGCACCCAUGGACUGCCCAGCAGGCCUUCACCAGCUGAUGCUAGAUUGCUGGCAGAAAGAGCGUGCGGAAAGGCCAAAGUUUGAGCAAAUAGUGGGCAUUCUGGACAAGAUGAUUCGGAACCCAAACAGCUUGAAAACCCCUCUAGGAACCUGUAGCAGGCCAAUCAGUCCUCUUCUGGACCAGAAUACACCCGAUUUCACUACAUUUUGUUCUGUAGGAGAAUGGUUGCAAGCCAUCAAGAUGGAAAGAUAUAAGGAUAACUUUUCAGCUGCAGGUUACAAUAACCUUGAGACAGUAGCCAGGAUGACUAUUGACGAUAUUAUGAGCUUAGGCAUCACGUUGGUUGGCCAUCAAAAGAAAAUCAUGAGCAGCAUUCAGACUAUGAGAGCACAAAUGUUACAUUUGCAUGGCACUGGCAUCCAAGUGUGAUAAACGCUUCUCCCUUACGAGGGAGGUGACAGACUUGAGAGAACAGUGCCGGCCUUCGAUCUACAUGAAGUGCUGCUAGAAGACACAUGAUUUUCUGGGUCCUUCCUGCAGACCACAGAAGGCCCACAAGAAGCACCUACAGACUUGAACUCCUAAGUGCCACCAGAAACUUACUUAAAAAGGGAAUAUGGAUCCACUGAUGGCAGCAACGAAAGCAGUGACAAUAAACAAAGUACUACCUGAAACACCUACGAACACCUUGAACUCUCUAACCUCCUUUUUAUCUAAUGGACUUUUUAAAUUGUACAUAAGGGAUUUUGAAAAAGAAAGAAUAUAUUUGUCAGAUAAAAAUCAUAUUAUUGCUAAAGUCAACAAAAUAUUUUCCUUAAACCUUUCAUUUCAAACUCCCCCCCCCCCAAAGGAAUCAGUUGUGUUGCUUUGUCAUAUAGACCUUCUUUUAAUGUAACAUUUAUAUCUUUGGACCUUCUUAGUGCUAAGCAUAUGACGCAUUAUUACACUGGGGACUUUUGAAAGAUUGUAUGGAUUUCUACAGACACAAGAGGUGUAACUGAGAUAUGUGGAUCUGACCGCUGGGUUGGGUGAAAUGGAGUUGCGGGGUAGGGUUUGCUUUAUGAAGUUUACUUCGGUCUGUUAAUUCCGCACCACAUUUAUGUGGUUUGCUAAUUGGCAGGAAAUCAGGAAGGGGGAAAAAAGGACAUUGCCAAGAGUUCUGAUAUUUUUGAAAAUAAUUUUGUAUGAUAAAUCACAUGGUCUCUUUAAACAGGAAAUGAAUAAAACGGAGAACCUAGCAAUAAUGUUCCCUUAAAACGCCCAGGCACUUUUAAAGAAAAGGCUUGAAAGAUGACUUUAGGAAGUUGCCUGGGUUAAAUAUAAGCUGUACAUCUGCAACUUUAAACUCGUUAAGACCUCUUUUGCUGAAUAAUUGAUUGUAGUAGGUGUGUCAAAACAAAAACAAAACAAACAGGUACAGUACUGUAGUGUUGCCUAGCCUUUUAAUCAGAGCACAUUGGUGUUUAUUGCUGUUGUUUCUUCCUUUAAUUUUUCAAUAUUCCACAUUAGAAGGUCUAGGAAAAAUAACUGGCAUAUGGUUAAUAUGAGAUUAAGUUGAAUGUAGUCCCUCCUGCAAAAAUAAACAUCUGGGGGUGCAAUCCAGAGAACAGAAGGCAUCCCACUGAUGCCCACAUUUAAUUGAGACUAAUUUUUACUGGUUUCAAUUGGGACUUAGUCUCAAAAAUAGGUUACCACAUUCUGUAUGGAGUCCCAGCAAUUUCGAUGGGGCCCAAAUGCAACUAACUUUCUCUGGAUUGCACUCCUCCAGUGUAAGCCCUAAUACAAGUGAAUGAGAGGUGAACAGCAGCUGUGAGGUUUGCACAGGAGAUGUUCCUAUCAGAUGGUGCCUUUGGAUUUUCUAUUAGAACCGCUGAGUGUAAGGCAAGUGGCAGUUCGAAAAUUUUCAAGUUUUUGUUUUACAAGCUGCUCUAUACAUACACACACACAAAAAAAACAGUCAUUUGAGACUUCUGACUGAAAAGUAGCUGUUGAAUGAGAUAACUCUUUUUUUUAGGGGGGAAAACCAGUUUUAAUUUAAUAUAUGCGUACUUGGGUUGAACGAAAUGUAGAACUACCAUAAGCAAUAACAGUGCGUUGCAGGAAUAUAUACAAAACAGGUGAUAAAAUGCUGUCAAAAAAAAUCAUGAAAAUCAUGAGCUACCCCAGCAGUGAAUAGCUGUACUUCCAAAGAGAACUGGGCUGCUCCCAUUGGUUUUCAUAAGAGAAAGAUCCCAGGGAUCAGUCAUAAAUUAAGUCUUGUUUGAUAAUGUGGGCAUCCACACAAAAAAGUAUAACCCUGUAAAUGUUCCUUUGUAAAACUUGUACAUUUUAUUUAUACUGUCUUGUUUUGUACACACAUUUCUGUGCGGUGAGCUCUGAAUACAUUGAAAAUGCACUAUAUUUUUCUAUUUUACUUACAGAGCAUCACAAAAAAAAAGAAAAUGUUUUUCAGUGCUACAUAAUGUGUUUUCCCACAUUUAGGACCAAAGAUAGCUACAGAAAACUUAAAUAGAUCAUUUACCCCUCCCCCCCACCCUAUUUUCCCACUUUUAGUUCACUGUACAGUGUUAUAUUUGUCAUUUUAUUUAUUUGUUUGGUUAGAAAAAAAAUCACUUUGAUUAUACUAUUUUUUUUCUUAUUUUCCCUUUGUUAAAGAAAUCUGUAAAAAAAAUGAGAGAAACAAACAACCAAUCUUUGAAUUAACAUAAUCUCAUUACAUAGACACUUCCAUUUGUAAUCUUUGUAAUAGACUGUAAAUAUAUUUUUGGAAAUAUAACAGUGUGCAUAAGGGUUAUUUUUCAUUGUCUGUCUAUAGCAGUCACAACACACUAUAGUGAAAUGGCUAAAGUGUAAUUCCCCCAUGAUAUUUGGAAAGUACAGGCGAAUUAAUUAAUUUCAUUUUAAGUUAUGAGUUCAAUACAAAUGGUUAUCUUUAGCUACAGAGGUGAUUCCACCACCACAACCCCCUCACCGAUUUGUAAAAGUGCAAAGAUUUCUUAAGGCAAUGUAUCAAACUUUCAUUAUGCAGACUUAGCGCCCUAUCUAAAACAUGUUUACUUGGAUUUGAGUACUAUUGAUUCCAAUGGCCUUACUCUCUGGUAUGCUUAAGAUAGGCUAAUGUAUGAUCAGGUGGGACCCUAGACCAGGCUUCCUCAAACUCUGCCCUCCAGAAACUACAAUUCCCAUCAUCCCUGACCACUGGUCCUGCUAGCUAGGGAUCAUGGGAGUUGUAGGCAAAAAACAGCUGGAGGGCCGAGUUUGAGGAAGCCUGCCCUAGACACACAGAAGCAAGCUUUUUUACAUGCAUCCCUGGCUACAUGAGAAAGCUCAUGGAAACAGAUGUUCUGGGUACAUUCCUUAAGCAUAAAAAGACUUGUCUGGGUAACAGUUAAAUGUUCAGGUGCAUGUUAUAUUUUUAUCCCCCAUUCCCCCAUCCCCAAGAAGUGGCUUACAGGAUUCUCCCCAAAGCCAUUUUAUUCUCACAUCAGUCCUGUGAGGUAGGUUAGGCUGAUUCAGAGAGACUGGCCCAAGAUCACUCAGCAAGUCAACACCAAGUGGGAAUAUUAAAUCAGGCAGGAAUAGAGGACAUGGUAUCAUCCCAAACAGGUGAUUAUGCUAGUGUUGACAGCAAGAUAAUGAAGAAUUUCAUCCACUGCUCUUCUCAUGUAUAGUUGGACAAGCACCAACGGCUGUAGCUCUUAAUCUGAUGGAAUUUGCUUGCAACACUUAACAUUGACUUUUUGCUUGUGCUGUUAACUUCUCAAUGUACAUCCAUAAUUAUCUCCUCAUCAUAUCAUUCAGAAAUUUAGGAGCUGUGUUUGUUUUUGUACAAGCAAAUCACAUGGGCUCAGCUUGAUGAAUAUAACUACAUUUACUCACUAUGAAGAUAUACACAAGUUUGAACAUUAAUGCGUAUUGCAACACUUUAUCUUUCUGAACCAGUGAUCGGAUGCAAGUAAAUGGGACAAACUUCUGAUUGCACUCCUAACCAAUGGGUGUAAUGAAUAGAGGUCCCAGAACUGGAUCUCUGUACAAACCCUCAUCACCCAAACAAUUUACCAGUCACUUGUUGUUCAACUCUACGUACAUAAUGUGCUUCCGGAUGCUGGGAAGUGUGGGUGGUCAUAAUUAUCAAAUGGUCUAAAAUGAAGUAUUCCCUUUUCUAAAUAAUUGUGAUAAUUCAUUACUUUAGUUUAAAAUCUUAGGAAAGAAUUUGUGGUGGAGUUUCCUAAAAUGUCUAAUAGAUGCAUAUGACAAUUCCAAUGAUAUUCAAAGGGGGGGGGCUCCAUUUUAAAAUCCUAAGGUUAGUAGCACUUCUGUGCACAGAUAAGGUUCCUCCAUAUUUAAUGUGAGCUUUAAAGCUCAAGGGAUGGCAUAGAACAGGCAUCCCCAAACUUCGGCUCUCCAGAUGUAGUACAAUUCCCAUCUUCCCCAACCACUGGUCUUGUUAGCUAGGUAUCAUGGGAGUUGUAGGCCAAAACAUCUGGAGGGCUGCAGUUUGGGGAUGCCUGGCAUAGAACUACACAUUUUUAUUUGUAUGUCACCUUUCCAUUAUUAAAACCAUGCUUAAGGUGCCUUAUGACAUGAAAAAAAUACAUAAUUGUAAAAGUCAUAAACAAUAAAUAAAACACAUCAAAAUGUACACGGCCUACUUAAACUAUUUCCACACUUAAACCAUAGUAAUAGCCUGUUUGUGUUGGAAAAUGUAAUGUUGAAACGGUUCUUACUACUAAGUCCAUUCCCUCACUCACACACAACAUAAAAAGGGAUUUGUGCACACAACCUAUCAGAGCUGAAAGUCUUAACAUUCACUGUUAAGCCAUAUUUACUGAUUUCAUCAGAAUCCUUUUCAUCUUCCAGGGUGUAGUGUCUUAUAAUACAGCCCUCUGCAUGUCUGCUCAGAAGGAAGUCCCAUUGGGUUCCAUGGGAUUUGACUCCCAGGUAAGUGAGCACAGAAUUUGGAUUAGCCUCACAACAAGUCAUUUGAGAAUGGGUAGGGUGACAGCUAGAGAUUUAUUAAAUCCACCUUUUGCAUCUAUUGGUUUAUUUAAAACUUUUCUAUACCACCCUUCAGUUCAAAAGUAUUAGUGUGGAGUACAGUAACUUUUCAUAAUCACGAGGAUUAAAACCAGAGGUGGUUGUUUGUUAGUUUGUUUUGCGGGCUGGCGGGACAAUUAUGAUACCCUUGCUGUGCAAUUUCUGCAUGCAACUGAUUGGCUUGAAUGACAGAUUCUACAGGCAUAUGGGAUAUACAGAGUAUCUGACCCCUCUGUCCACUCCAGGAGGCACUUACUAAAACUAUUAGAUCAUGAUUUUAUGACAGCCUUUCCCCAAUCUGGUGCCAUUCAGAGGUUCUUGGAUUCCAGUUGCCAUCAUCCCUAACAAUUGAUAAGACUAAUGGGGAGCUAGAACCCAACAAUCUCUGGAGGGCACUAAGUUGGGGAAGGCUAAGGUUAUGAGCAACCCCGAGAUGGGAUAUUUCACACAAAGUCAGCCUCAU